AUGUCAUUUCUGGUGGACAGCGAGCGCCCUCACAAACUGGAUGAGCUCACGUUUCAUCCGGGGUUGACGAAAACGUUGAGGAAAUUGGCUGCCUCCAAGGAUUGUCCCCAUCUACUUUUCUAUGGUCCUAGUGGUGGUGGGAAAAUCACUCGGAUCCGAUGUUUGUUGGAGGCAAUGUUUGGACCAGGAGUAGAGAAAACCAGUACAAGUUUUCGUCAAUUUAAGCCGACUAAGAGUACAACAGUUGAUAUUCAAGUAGUCGUCAGUGCUUUCCACGUAGAAGUGACUCCCAGUGAUGUUGGAAUUAGGGAUGCCGCAGUUAUUCAGCAAUUGAUAAAACAAAUGGCUGAGAACCCACCAGUCGGAGAAGUGCCUUAUCACGUGGUUGUUAUUAAUGAUGCGCAUUGCCUUACAAGGCAAGCACAGGCGGCAUUGAGGAGAACGAUGGAAAAAUACGUUUCGAAGAUUCGUUUUAUUUUCCAUGCAGAAGCUCUGGCGCCGUUAAUCCCACCGUUGAGGAGUAGAUGUUUGGGUAUACGAGUACCGAGGCCAACGCAGAUAGAGUUGCAACAGGAAAUGAUGGAGAUAUCAAAACGGCAUGACCUCGGAUUGAACUCGGGUCUUUGCACACGAAUUGUUGAGGAGAGUAACUGCGAUGUUCGAUUGGCGCUGAUACGGCUGGAUACUCUGCGUAUGAAGAAUGCGUGUUUGAGUGAUGCGAACGCCCCGAUGGAGGCACUCAGUUGGCAGGUAUUCGUGGAGGAUAUAGCAAAGGAUAUAGUGAUGGAGCAAUCACCGAGGCGCAUGCUGGUGUGUCCUCACUAA